AUGGAUGGUAGUAGUGGUACUGGUAGCAAUGCAAAUUCAUCUGCCGGACCAUUUACUAGUGAAGAAUCUGCAAGCCAAAGUCAUAGACAGAAAGCGGAUAUAGCAUGGGCUCAUGUUUCUGAAGGUGUAAAUGCACAAGGAAGAAAAACUAUGACAUGCAUUUAUUGUCACAAGACAUUUGCGGAAAAAGGAAAAAAAGGAGAAUUUGGGGUAGAAAAUCCAUUUGGUCGAUCUGUAGAUGAAUUUGAUGGCGAUGAAGUCCAAGAAAUUCCCAUUAUUCACACUAAAGGAAUUACAAUCAAUGAGGCAAGUGCACCAUCCGAUAAAGGAAAGCGAAAAGCCAGUACACUAGGCCCAGGUAUACAUAAUUUCUGUAAAGGUGGGCAUGAUAAUUCACAACCCACUAUCAAGGCUAUUUUGCUAAGUAAAGAAAAAUGGCACAACUGUGAUAUGGCUAUUGCUCGUUGGUUUUAUGAUGCUUGCAUACCGAUAAAUGCUGUUAACUCUCCAUUUUUUCAAAAAGCUAUUGAUCAAAUAGCAUCAAUGGGUCAUGGUAUUUGGACUGAAACUGGUUGCACUAUAAUGGGUGAUGGGUGGAAAGAUAGUAGACAAAGACCAUUGAUUAAUUUUUUAGUUUACUGUCCUAAAGGUAUAUCUUUCAUAAAAUCUGUUGAUGCAUCUGAUGUUGAGACAAAUGCACAAAAUUUGUGUAAUUUAUUUGCUGAAAUUGUUGAAAUCAUUGGUCCAAGAAAUGUGGUGCAUAUGGUUACUGAUAAUGCUAGCAAUUAUAAGGUUGCUGGAACUCUACUAAGUGAAAAAUACCCAACCAUUUGUUGGUCUCCAUGUGCUGCAGAUUGCAUCAAUUUAAUUUUAAAGGAUAUUGGUCAAAUGAAUGAUGUGAAAGCCAUAGUAUCACUUGCUUCAACUGUGACUGUAUUUGUGUAUAACCACAAGUACACUUUAAAUUGGUUGAGAAAGACAAAAGGGUGGAAGGAGAUUAUUCGUCCAGGAGAAACUAGAUUUGCAACUACUUUUAUUGCAUUAAAAAGUUUGCAUGAUCACAAAGAUAGUUUGCAAGCUCUAGUCACCAGUGGAGAUUACAAAAAGUUCUUGAAAAUAGACAAAGGAAAAGAGGUCAAGCAAAUUGUUUUGGAUGAAAAGUUUUGGAAUAAUUGUUUGAUUACAGUGAGGAUUAUGGGCCCACUUAUUCGUCUUUUGCGUGUUUGUGACACUGAUGAAAGACCUUCUUUGGGUUAUGUCUAUGAGGGCAUGUAUAGAGCAAUUAAUGGCAUCAAGAAGCUCUUUAAAAACAAAGAGAGAUUCUACAAGCCUUAUACUGACAUAAUCAAUGAAAGAUGGGAUAGAAUGUUGAGAAAGAAUCUUCAUGCUGAUGCCUAUUAUUUGAAUCCUGCUUUUCAAUAUGAUCCCACAUUUUCUACCCAUCCAGAGAUCACAAAUGGUUUGUUUGAUUACAUAGAAUCAAAGGUAGAUUGGUGUAGUUUGGAUGCAUUAACAUAUGAGAUUGGUAUGUUUCGAGAUCGCCAAGGGAGUUUUGGGCGAAAAUCUGCUAUUCUUAGCAGCCAAACAAAUCGUCCAGAGAGUUGGUGGAAGCUCUUUGGUUGUGAUGCUCAAAAUUUACAAAAGCUUGCAAUUAGGAUUUUGGGUCAAACAGCUUCUUCUUCCGGAUGUGAACGAAAUUGGAGUGUUUUUGAGCGUAUUCAUACAAAAAGAAGGAAUAGAUUGGAGCAUCAGAGACUUAAUGAUCUUGUAUAUGUGCAUUAUAAUUUGCGAUUGCAAUAUCGGAGUGAACAACCAAAGAGAAGUUAUGAUCCCGUUGAUUAUGAGUUCAUUGAUAAGACAGAUUUUUGGGUGGUGGAAGAAACGCCAAUAGGAGAGCUUGAUUAUGAUGAGUUGGAAGAGGGGCUUGAAGAACUUCCAAUACCUCUGGAAAGUUCGAAUUUUCAACAAUUUGAAGCUGAUGGAGAUGAAGCUGAGCCCGAGGAUGUUAAUUUGGACUUUUUUUAA